AUGCAAAUGGUGAAUGAAGUAUUAGAGAAAUAUGAGAAGAUAUCAGGUCAAAAAAUUAAUAAGGAGAAAAGUGCAAUUUAUUUGCAUCAUAAUGUGUCACAUGGGGAUGUGGUGGUAGCUGAAGUUACAAUGGGUAUACUGAGAAAAGAAUUCCCUUUUACAUAUUUAGGAUGCCCUAUCUUUUAUAGGAGGAAGCAGAAGGAAUAUUAUCAGCAGAUGAUUAACAGAAUCAUGAUGAAUCCACCAAGCAACGUAAUGAAUACAAUACAAAAGAUGAUGGCACAAUUUUUUUGGAGUAGUUGCAUAGGUGGUAAAGGUCGACAUUGGACAAGCUGGAACAAGCUGUGUUUACCACAAGCGGAAGGAGGAUUGGGAUUUAGAAUGAUGCAUGAUGUGUCAAUGGCUCUAUUCUGUAAAUUAUGGUGGAACUUCAGGACGCAAAGGACAGUAUGGAGUCAAUUCCUUUUCAACAAGUAUUGUAAAAAGGAAAAUCAGAAUGUAGUAAUGUGGAAGGCAGGAUAUUGUGGAUCGCAGGUAUGGAAGAAAAUGUUGCAGGCUAGAGAUCAUAUAGAGCACCAAAUUUGGUGGCAAACCAAAAAUGGAUCGGCUCAUCUAUGGUAUGAUAACUGGACAGGAUUAGGGGAUCUAUAUUCUACAAGUGAGAAAAGCUAUGAAUGGGAUGAGAGAUAUCAACAAGUUAAAGAUAUAAAAAGGAAGGAGAAUGGGAUGAGCAACUUAUGCAAGAGAUUUUUCCAACUGAAGUGGCUAACUUCAUCAAAGAAAAAUCAGACCACCAAGGGAAGGGAAUGA